CUGAACAAGACAAUUUCAACUCGGGAACGCCGUUCGAUGGACGCCGCUUAUAUUUUUGCAAAUUUUGCCGUCUUUUAAGAUGUCCUACGGCUGAACUUUAUCGCGAAUUCUGUGCGUGAACGUGUCUGGAUUCAAGUGGAUUUUGUGAUUUUUGUGUGUGACGUAUGGAUGCGGCAGGAAAUUGAGUGGAACGCAAGAAGAUAAAAUACUAAACUUUUAAAAAAUGGAGCCGUGCGACGGCUCCAGUUUGGGCGAUAGCUUUCCGCAAGCUUUUCAACAACAUCGUGGCGGGAAAAAUUGCUCAGACCUGAACACGCCUGAUACGAGUCUGAUAGCGGACAGUGGUUACUUUACUACACUGAAUAAUACUCCAAACUUUUCAUCAUUAUCAUCGACAUCAUCAAUAAUUUCGUCAAACAUCAAACCGGAAAUUUCAACCCCACAACGUUCUCUAUCAUGUAGCAGCACUAAUCUUGGUACAAUCUCAGAAUAUGGAGAGGCAAUUGCUCCGGACACUGUAAAACUAACCCCAGUCACUGAAAAUAUAAGAAACAUCUGCAACUUUCAUAUCACAACGCCAAAAGAUGAACAAUAUGCGCCUGGAACAAAGCGAAGUGCAGUAGCAAUUUUGAAUUUUCAAGAUAUCGAAAGUACACCGAAGAAACCUCGUGUCGAGGAGGAGCCAUGUGCACCGAGUGCUCAAAGUGAAUCUAGUAGUCGGACAACACCCAGGAAGUCAACUAAAUUCCGUUCGAAAAGACAAUCCUUUCGUAAAAAGCUAGCAUCAGCUCCUGACCUUGAUUGUUACUUCAUUUCGAAUAACAUCGAGAAUGAAAACAGUCCCGGAAGCACGAAUAUUUCACCGAUUUUUGAUAAGAGUGCACCUCGAGGGAGCCGGACUCCGUUGUCUAGUUCGAGCUCCAAUUUAUUACGUGCCAGUACCCCAAAAUCAAGUAAUUUGAAUUACAAUUACGGAGGAGCACCGACUGGAAUUUAUGAUGUUAAGCCGGCGUCGGUGAAAAAGUUGUUAACAUUUUCGGACUCGCAGUUCGAGCAGUUAUUGAGGGCGGAGGUGAAAGAAGAUUUGUUCUCGUCGUCGACGGUGAAAACGACUCCUCCUAUAGAAACGAACAGGAUACCGGUGACGGCUACGGCAACGAGCAGUACGAAAAAGUGUUUAGCAGAGAGUUUUGUAAGGGCCAGUUUUUCCAGCUUUAACUCCGAAACCAACGACAGUGAUGAUUGGGAUGACUCGAUUCGACCGUUGCCUUCUAUUACGUCGAAGCCAAGCAUUGAUAGUGGCUGUGAUGUCAGCUCGGAACAGGCUAGUCGUAAAUAUAGGAAGAUCUAUUCAGUUACUAGCACAGUAUUACAUGAUCGUGAACUGUCGCGCCGUCAAUUAUCAUCGUCGAGGGCACCGUUGCAAAGACAAUUUAGUAUGUGGAGCGAUGAGAGCAAUAGUGGAGAUCGAUCGCCGGUACCAACGGCGGAUAAAUCCAUCAGCAUCUCAUCUAAUGGCACAAGUAAAACAACGAAAAAAGAUAAGACUGAAACUGGAUCUCAGGGAUUUCAGGAUAUUUUAAAUAUAAAUAAUGAUUGCCAUGACAUGGAAAUUAGUACGAUUCAUGAAGACAGUGUAGAGGUAUCUGAGACGGAAGUAUCGAGCUCGGCAAACUACGAUAUAGAGUCGUCAGUUGAUUUGGCUUUGAAUAAAACGAUUGUAUGUGAGACGAAAUCUAUGUCACCUCCACGUAUUUCGCCUCCUGUAGCAGGUUCUGGACCACCUACGGCUUCGACUUCACGAAUUCCACUUCCCCGAACACCUAAGAAAAUCAAACCUACCUCGGUGGAUCAUGAACGCUUGGAAAUACUCUACCCUAUGAUACGUCGAACUCCUUCGAAGUAUAAUCCUUUGCAACGUCGAGCGGCAACAAAGCGGAAAUUAGCUCAUACUCUUUCGAAUACGUUCAAACGCCGUUGCAAAUACUACGGGGGCAACACUCAUUUGAAUAUCAUCGCCAAAUUGGAAAACUACAGUUUAAUAUUGGAUCAGAUAUUUCGUAAUCUUUCCCCGCAGGAUCUAGCAAAUAUGUGCGAGGUGUCGCAGUCAUGGCGAAAGGCAGUGAAAUCGAGUCGAUGGGCGUGGGAUCAGGUCAUCCAUUAUUUAGAAAACUGUAAGUCAUUGAAGGAGAAUGACGGGCAUUUCGAGGCGAGAGAACUAGACGCUCGCAAGGAACAAUCGGUUGAAAUUGCAAGCGAUUGUAUCAUUCGGAAAAUUCCGUUUAAUCAGAGUAAUCUCAGGAUAGAUCGAAAGCGACCCGGCGAGAUAAAUCGUUCGCCGCCGGUCAGUCCAUCGAAAAGGAAGUUUCAUGAAAAUCAGAAGGUUGUCCGAACACUAGCGCCAAAUGAAAAACUCCUCAAAUGUCCACGUUGCAACAAGUCCAGUCGAAUAUAUAACGCUUUAACAUUACAAACAGAUCAUCACAACAACAAUAACAGUAGCUAUAACUCAUUAGGAACAAGUACAAAUAAAUCAACUCACAUCCGUUCAUUAAGCGAAACAUUCCAUUCAACCUCGAACGCUUCUAAAAUUCCUUCUUCGACCUUUAUGGGCGGUCAUCAUUAUCAGACCGCUCCCGUUGAAAUGUUCAAUAAAAUUCCUUUCGUGUCCUCCACGUUUCCGCUAUCAGCACGAGACAACGGUCUCACAUCUCAGCGAAUGCGCUUCGGUAAGUCGAUGUCAUGCGAUUCAGCAUCGAUUCUAGCGUCUGAGGCGGAAACAUCACAAUAUGCCGAAUGCUCGGGACUUUCAUGUGGUUAUCGAUUCUGCUUCGAAUGCUUGUGCGACUAUCAUCCCGGAACGAAGUGUAAGUUGUACGAACCAAGCUCACCAUCGAAGGAUGAUGGCCAAACUAUGCGGUCGGGAUCUACGUCAGUUGGAAGUCGUGCGAGUAUAAAGAAUUUGCGCCGGAAAACAUUGAAACGACUUUGCUUUUAGUGGGAGGAGGAUUUGAAUUGGAAUGGCUUAUUGUAAACGAUAGGAAAUAUGACGUUCAGUUGAGGAUCGUGGCGAUUGGAAGCUUAUUUUGUUGUGAGUGAUAAUGAUUAUAUAUUUUGGAUUAGUGGCGGUGCAACGAUUGCACCUAUUUGUAUCUUAAUUCUCAAUCUUUCUCGUUCGUGUGGUGGCCUAGGAAGAAUUUCUUCCGUUUAAUCGCCACAAUUCAGAACAGAGGGGUUGCAUGCCGCAUAUUCCAGUUUUCCAAGCCAAACUUGGCUUCAAUUUAAGUCCUGACUGUUUUCUAACGUGUUCAUCUCUUUAGCCUUCCCAGAGACUUCUUUGAAUAAAGAAACCUUGGGGGAUGCAAUCCGUUUUUCUUGUCUAAGCAUUCCUUUACGCAGAGCAUAUUUUAUCAGCCACGUAAAAUAGGUUGCCACCUGCCCCGAAUUGCGUUUGUAUAUUUCCCGUCGUUUCCAUUAGUGCACACUUUUGCUAACUCUGGAUAUUUACGUUUUUUUUAUGUUCGACCACUGAGUAUCUUAUAUUUUCCUAGAGAUUUGUUAGUUUGUAAAAAUCGUGUUCCUUCUCUAUAUUUUAAUGUUAUAUUUAAGAUUUUGCCGCCUAAAGUAAUUUUUCCUUGACUUUGUAAAGUGACAUAUUUUUGGAUCCUCCCAGUAUGGUUUACUCCAACGUAGUUUGUUUUAACUGUUCCUUUCCUUAAUGUAAAGUGAUUUUAUUGUAAUUAUUUCUAGUUGCUUUCUUGUCAGUGAUUAUAUAUUUCGGCAAUCUCCUCAUUUUAAUCUCUCAAAAAUAUUUUUUUCCGUAGUUUUUAGUAGAUUAGUAAAGAAACCGAAAGAAAAUGUACAAGUAGAUUUUUAUAAGAGACAACAAACACUUCUCGAUGAACAAAAGACAUAAGAAAUUAAGUAGAAAAAUCUCUUUAGAUAGCUCUCUUUCUUGAAAUGGAAAUACUUUUAUAAAUAUAAGCGAACUUUUGUUAUUUUUUGUAUUAUGUUUUGUACGGUUAGAUUUUUCGAAUUUAUUGGAACAUUUAGAAAAAGUUGUACAACUCAAUAAAAAAGGAGUUUAUAAUGAA